CACAGUACCCAAAACGUACCAAUCUAUCCAUGUUGGUAAUAAAUUCAACCCGUAUACCCGCUCCACGUUUAUUCGACUCAUCCAUAUAAAAACAAAGGCCAUGCCUGACGACCGGCCAUUUCAAACUUUGACACUUGUCGGGCGGUUGGGCUGUCGGGCGACUUGUCAGUGUUUGCUAUUUGUUUACGGUUGGUUCUUUGUCGGGUGGAGUUUUUAGGAGUGAAAAAUUAGUUUACUGUAGUGAAUCCAUCGCCAAUACAAUUUUAUAAUGUCGGAUGAGAUAGAGAUUAGCGAUCAGGACCAUUUUUCGCACUACUUUGCUAUUAUUGAUGAAUAUCGUAAGAUUGGGAGGUUUUGCGAUGUCACAAUAUGCGUGGAAGGAGGUGAAAUCACAGCCCAUAAGACAGUCCUAUCAUCAAGUAGUCCCUAUUUUGAUGCUCUCUUUGGGGGUAAAGAAAAAUCAGUCAUUGUGAAAACACGGAUUGUAAAACUAUUCGUUAAAAACUCUUCCCCACCAGAAAAUUUUCGUGAACGCAAAUAUGAACGAAUUGAAUUGCAUCACGACACAAACUUUGAGAUUAUGUCCAAAAUUAUUGACUACAUUUAUACAGGGAAAAUUCGUAUUAGUUUAAAUGAUGCUUCUAUACUCCUCAAGAACUUUGACUAUCUGCAAAUGCGAGAUGCAACUUUAAAAUGUGUAGAAUAUUUACUACAGAAUGUUAACCACGACAACUGCAUUCAAUUGUUCAUCUUGGCAGGGGAGCUAAUGGGAAAUGGGGUAUUGCAAAACGCUGCUAUCACCUACAUUGGGAACUACUUGACGGAAAUUAGUAGCAGCGCUAAGUUUAAGACUCUUGAUCGAACAAAGCUUGAAUCAAUUGUGGCAGAGAUAGAGCAGUCGAAGGCGGACGCGAUAUUUACCGCGAUCAUGAACUGGAUCAAGUAUGAUAUUCCAAACCGGAGUGAAGAUGUGGAAGCUUUGUUAAAAUAUGUAUCAAUUAAGCAUUUAUCACUGCAAAACAUACGAAAUAAUAUUUUAGCGGACGAUUUCUUGAAUAGCAACCCCUCGGGCUGCAAGUGGCUUGUGUCGUCUUUUUUACGCAACAGUUCUUCGUUUAUCCUUGGACGAAAGAAUUCUUUGUUGUAUAUUUCUUCACUGGGAGUGGAUAGUAUGAAUUACGAAUUUGACGUCCAUUCACGGAUAUUAGUGAAGCAAACCGCCAGACCCUUUCUAUUUCGUUGCGCCACAAUGAAACUGAAUGACUUGAUUUACGCGGUCGGAGGGGAGAAAGAUAAUCAAGUGGCUGACUUCGGUCUCACAUAUGACAUGCGUCAUAAAUCGUGGGCUCCAUUCAGCUGCCCCUUGAACAGAACAUCAUGCGGUGUUUGUACUUUGGAUGAUAAGUUGUAUGCAAUAUGUGGACUGAACGCAAAUGGCAGGAAGUUAUUCUCUUGUCUGAGCUAUGACGCGGAACUUGAUCGUUGGACGAAUUUGCAAGAUAUGAAAAAUGCACGACGCUAUCCGGGAGCAGCAACUUACUAUUCGUCUAUUUAUGCACUUGGCGGCUAUAACGGAAAUGCUUCCGGAACAGUUGUUGAAAGAUAUGAUCCGAGGGAGGGUGUUUGGCAAGAUAUCGUCAAAGUAAAAUCGAAAGGUUGUUGCAGUGCUGCCUUCUUGUCGAAUUCCAUUUAUUGUUUGGAGUAUGAUACUGAAGAGCUUAUCAGCUUUGAUCCAAGGUCAUUGAAGUUCAAUGUGGUUAAAGAACGAGCGGGAUUAUAUAUCACAGCCUUAGAUGGCUAUCUGUACUCUGUGCACAAAGAUGGGAUUUCCCAAUACGAUCCUCAUUUGUCAGUGUGGGAGGAGAUACUAUGCCAUCCCUUGGCCGACUCUCCUGUCAUCACCGGCUGAAACUAGGCCAAUAUUUACUGAAAUGACGAUCCCUGAAAUAUAAUUUUUUAGGAAGUGUACAUAUCUAAAGACUGAAUAGUUUCAAUUUAAGUAAUUACCAAAGGUGGAAAUUAAGUAAAGUGUAUAAGAUUUAAGUGUUGGAGAAUUUGCUGUACUGUCAAGACGAACUGCAUGUUAUAUUUUUAUCUUUUAUUUUGACGCUGAGAGAUUAUUUAUGCAUUAUGCGAGUAUAACGCAUAGGUGUUUAUGAAUGUUGAUCUUUAUAUCUUCGAGUUCUUUUGCAAGAUACUGAAAUAAAAUGAUUUUAUAUGGAAUGUU